UUUGAAGGAUAAGAAAUGUUACCAAUAACAUACCCUAUAGGGCAAGCUAAAAAUGGUGCCGGUCGUGGUCCUUUGGUGUUUGCUAGCUUAAAGGCGUCUGAAAAUUCAAAAGUUCCCGUUAAACUUUAUGCUGUUGAGAAGAAUGAAAAUGCAUUGCAUGUCUUGAAUUAUAAUAACGAUAAUUAUUGGCAUAAUUUAGUAACUAUUAUUGGAGCUGAUAUGAGAACUUGGAAAUUUGAUCGCAAAUGUGAUAUUUUAGUUUCUGAGCUUUUGGGUUCUUUCGGCGACAAUGAACUAUCUCCAGAAUGUUUAGAUGGAGCACAACACAUACUUAAAGAAGAUGGUAUUUGCAUACCAUCUUCAUAUACAUCUUACAUAAGUCCACUUCAAUCUCAAACAUUAUUUAGUAAUAUGAAGAUGUUUAAAAACGCUGGACCAUUGGACAACCGACAUAAUAAUACAGAACAAUUAUACGUAGUGAAUAUGCGUAACAUGUAUAUAAUAGCGCCAGCAAAACCAGUUUUCACUUUUAAACAUCCUAGAAAUGAUUUAGAAACGAAUAAUGAUAGGUAUGCUUCUUUAACAUUUGAUAUUCCACAAGAUUGUGUUUUACAUGGAUUUGCUGGAUACUUUGAAGCAAUUUUAUACAAAAAUAUUAAUAUCAGUAUUGAACCCACAACAUUUAGUAAAGGAAUGUUUAGUUGGUAUCCUGCCUAUAUACCAAUCAAAAACAGUGUUACAUUAAAGAAAGGUGAGCGGUUGAGAGCUCACUUUUGGAGACUCAGUGAUGUUUCUAAAGUUUGGUAUGAAUGGAGCGUAUCAGAACCUUAUGCCGUUCCAGUACACAAUCCAAAUGCACGUUCCUAUUCUAUGCACUUACAUUAAACAUAUAAUAAAUAAAUUGUGUAUUUUGUUUAAUAAAAAAAAAUUGUAAUUAAAUUUGUUAAAAUAUAAUUUAAGUUUGUUAAAAUUAUUAUUUCAAAAUAUAAUAAUUCACUAACUGAUUAAGGACAAGUUAUUGAAAAGCCUAAAAAUUAAAAAUAGGUAAUAAUAAAAAAAUACUUUGUACACUUAGAUUUUUGCUAAGAUAAUAUUUAAAUAAAAUUUAAUUAAGUUAAAUAUUAGAUUCAGUUAGUUUUGUGUACAUAAUGUUUACAAUUAAAUACAAUUAAUUACUUUGAA